UCCGGAUCACGUUGCUGAUGGGAAAGAUGAAGCUUUUACAUGGUAUACUACAAGUUAAAAACUUGCUACUUAAACACAAGACUGCAUGAGUGGGGAGAGAAAGCUUCUUCAUCAAUGGCUCUCUCUCCAUCAUUAGCUAAAACAGAGGAGACAGAGAUCAUUACCAGGUUCCAGAACUAUCUCCGAAUCGACACCGUGCAUCCAACUCCUGAUUACACCGCAGCUGCAGAUUUCAUUAUCUCUCAGGCCAAAUCCAUCUCUCUCCAUCUCGAGUCUCACUCUAUCGAGUUCGUUCCAGGAAAGCCUGUCGUUCUCCUUAAAUGGAUUGGUUCAGAUCCUUCUUUACCUGCGAUCCUCUUGAACUCUCACGUCGAUGUUGUCCCCUUUGAGGAAGAUAAGUGGGAUCAUCCUCCGCUCGGAGCAGAGAUCGACCAAGACGGCAAAAUCUACGCUAGAGGAACUCAGGACAUGAAGAGCGUUGGGAUGCAGUACUUAGAAUCCAUUCGUAAGCUCAUAGCCUCUGGAUUUGAGCCGGUUAGAUCCGUUUAUGUCACCUUCGUUCCCGAUGAAGAGAUAGGUGGCGCUGAUGGUGUUGGGAAGUUUGUCGAAUCCGAAACCUUCAAAAGCCUCAACAUUGCCAUCGUGCUUGACGAAGGUUUACCAUCUUCCUCCGGGGAUAGCUACAGGGUGUUUAAUGGAGAGAGGAUUCCAUGGUCGCUCCAGAUUAAAGCUGUUGGACAACCUGGCCAUGGCGCAAAGCUUUAUGAUGACUCUGCCAUGGAGAAUCUCAAUAAAAGCAUUGAGAGUAUCAUGAGAUUCAGAGCUUCUCAGUUUGAUCAGCUCAAACACAAAGAAUGUUUCAAAGGUGAAGGCGACGUUAUCUCUGUUAACAUGGUUUUCCUCAAAGCUGGCACUCCUACUCCAGAUGGAUUUGUAAUGAACCUGCAACCAUCUGUGGCGGAAGCUGGUUUCGACAUCCGUGUUCCACCCACUGCUGAUCCUGAAGCACUAGAAAGACGUUUGGUAGAGGAAUGGGCACCUCCUGCCCGAAACAUGUCCCUCACGCUAUGGCGGGCGGACCAGGAGCUUGCAAGGAAUCAGUUAGUUACACCAAUAGAUGAUUCAAAUCCAUGGUUGGAACUUUUAGAAAAUGCUGUGCAAGAAGCUGGAGGAAAUACUAGUAAGCCUGAGAUUUUCCCUGCAUCAACAGAUUCUCGAUAUUUCCGAAAAGCAGGCUUGCUUGCAAUUGGGUUCUCUCCUAUAUCGAACACCCCGAGUUUGCUUCAUGAUCAUAAUGAGUAUCUGGGUCAAUCUGAGUACUUGAAGGGCAUUGAUAUGUAUGUCUCAAUCCUCAAGGCUUACACAUCAUAUAUUUCACCUGAAUGAAAGUGUUUCAAGAGAUGAGCUACAAGAAGGGUCUGUGUUGCACAAAGUUCCCUCUUCCUCAACACACUUGGUGCUAUAUCAUCAAUAAGAGUACAACUCAUCAUGCAUUUGUAUGUUAUCAGACUGAAGAGUUUCCAGAAACAGCUUUGCAAUGCAACUAACUUCUUCUCGCUACUUAGUUUUCUUAACCAUCGGAAUGAAAACAGUAGUCAUUGCAGGUUCACAACCUCCAUCCUUCAAGUUUCAAUAUAAGCUUAAAAUCACAUGAUAGUCCCCACAAUUUCAGAUCCUUAAUAACUAUCUAGGUAAGGUCAUCAAGUCAAAGGCCAUAACCAGUUUCUCGUUUGGUGUCAGAGGAAUCCUUCAUAUAAUCUGUCAAAAUUCUUGAGAUAACCUAAUACAUGC